UCGUGGUUGCUGCGGUCGGUCUGGGCUGGAGUGACCGUCUGUGUGCGUGUGCGCGUGCGCGACCACCGGAGGAAAGAUGGCGGCCCCUGCUCUCUCCAGCCGGGCUGGCUCCGCGGGCAGCCUCGGGAACAGCCCCACCGGGAGGCUCCUGCACGGCGGCCGCGGCCCGGAGGUCGACUUCCGGUCCGCGGCCCGCAUGGAGGACCUGAACCGCCUCAUCCAGGAGUUCAGCAAGCACGACCUGCGGGAGUACGACGACCAGCGGGCUCUGGAGAUCCACACGGCCAAGGACUUCAUCUUCUCCAUGCUGGGAAUGGUCCAGAAGUUGGACCAGAAGCUCCCGGUGGCUAACGAGUACCUCCUCCUGUCGGGCGGCGUCCGGGAGGGCGUGGUGGACAUGGACCUGGACGAGCUGAGCGUCUACGCCCGCGGCACGGACUACGACAUGGACUUCACGCUGCUGGUCCCGGCGCUCAAACUCCACGACCGCAACCAGCCGGUGACCCUGGACAUGAGGCACUCGGCGCUGGGCCACUCCUGGCUCAGCCUCCGCCUCUUCGACGAGGGCACCAUCAACAAGUGGAAGGACUGCUGCACCGUCGUGGACCACAUCAGCGGCACCACCAACUACUUCUUCUCCCCGACGCUAGUGGCGGACUGGUUCUACCAGUCCAUCUCGCUGGUGCUGCUGGAGGUGCAGAAGAAGCCACAGAGAGGGAUGCCGCGGGUGGAGAAGGUGGAGAGGAACGGCACCAUCAUCUCCGUCAUCCUGGGCGUGGGCAGCAGCCGGAUGCUGUACGACAUCGUCCCCGUGGUGUCCUUCAAGGGCUGGCCGGCCGUGGCUCAGAGCUGGCUGAUGGAGAACCACUUCUGGGACGGGAAGAUCACCGAGGAGGAGGUGAUCAGCGGCUUCUACCUGGUGCCCGCCUCCUCCUUCAAAGGCCGCAAGGAGAACGAGUGGCGCCUGUCGUUCGCCCGCAGCGAGGUGCAGCUGAAGAAGUGCAUCUCUCCCAGCCUGAUGCAGGCGUACCAGGCCUGCAAGGCCAUCAUCAUCAAGCUGCUGUCCCGGCCCAAGGCCAUCAGCCCCUACCACCUGCGCAGCAUCAUGCUGUGGGCCUGCGACCGCCUGCCCGCCGGCUACCUGGGCCAGGACGACUUCUCCGCCCACUUCCUGCUGGGCCUGAUCGACGACCUGCAGCACUGCCUGGUGAACAAGAUGUGCCCCAACUACUUCAUCCCGCAGUGCAACAUGCUGGAGCACCUGUCGGACGAGGCGGCCGUGCUGCACGCCCGCAAGCUGUCCUCGGUGCGCUCCGACCCGGCCGAGCACCUGCGCACCACCAUCGAGCACGCCAAGGCCGCCAACCGGCUGACGGUGGACCUGCAGUGGCGGGGGGGCGGCGCCAACAACCCGCCGUCGCCGCAGUCCGACGCCGGCGGGGAGAACCAGCCGGACGACCGGCUGGCCAAGAAGCUGCAGCAGCUCGUCACGGAGAACCCCGGCAAGUCCAUCUCGGUCUUCAUCAACCCGGACGACGUCACGCGGCCGCACUUCCGCAUCGACGACAAGUUCUUCUGAGACUGAGAAACGACUUCCUCCCCCUCACCCAGGGGCCCCGCCUCCUCGCCCGGUGCCCCGCCCCCUCACCCAGGGCCCCGCCUCCUCACCAGAAGCCCCUCACCCAGGGCCCCGUCUCCUCACCCGGGUGCCCCGCCCCCUCACCCAGGGCCCCGCCUCCUCGCCCGGUGCCCCGCCCCCUCACCCAGGGCCCCGCCUCCUCACCAGGUGCCCCUCACCCAGGGCCCCGUCUCCUCACCCGGGUGCCCCGCCCCCUCACCCAGGGCCCCGCCUCCUCACCGGGUGCCCCUCACCCAGGGCCCCGCCUCCUCACCGGGUGCCCCUCACCCAGGGCCCCGUCUCCUCUGAAACUUUAUCUCCUAACAUGUUUAAUGUUCCUACCUCAGAGGGAGGUGAUCGGUGAUCGUCUAGUCGUGUCUGCCACAGUGUUUCCAUGUUGCUCCCCUCACACUGUGUUUACCUGCUGACGGCCUUUGCAUGUGUGUGUCUGUGUGUGUACAUAUAUGUGUGUGUUUGUGUGUAUAUUUAUAUAUACACACAAACAGAGCUGCUCAGCUAGACCUUGAUGUGACCUUCAGGACCCUGAAGGUCUCUCUGGACCAGUCCGGUGGAUAUUACUUUUAAUUUAAAGAUUUUCAUCUUCUAACCAAACUUGUGCUUUUCUCAUGAAUUACGACUAAUAAUUAAUAAUGUAGAACGCAAAGUAAUUAAGAAGUAGAUGAAUAUGUGUGACAUUGAAUCUAAGGAGAGAUAGAAGGGACGAAUUCAGGAUUCGGGGACUCCAAAUGGUGCGUUCGAGGUCUCGGUCCUGGAGGACGGCGUCUGCCUGGAGGUGGACUUUGUUCUACUAACACAGUCGACAUGUAGACAUGGGACCACGGCACCAGUAGAGGAUGAUGAAGAUGAUGAAGACUGCUUCUUGUCUAAUUUUGCACAAUGUAUAAAUCACCACUUUUUCUUCAGUAGUGGUACACAGUGGUACUGCAGUAGUGGGACACAGUGGUACUGCAGUAGUGGUACACAGUGGUACUGCAGUAGUGGGACACAGUGGUACUGCAGUAGUGGGACACAGUGGUACUGCAGUAGUGGGACACAGUGGUACUGCAGUAGUGGUACACAGUGGUACUGCAGUAGUGGUACACAGUGGUACUGCAGUAGUGGGACACAGUGGUACUGCAGUAGUGGUACACAGUGGUACUGCAGUAGUGGGACACAGUGGUACUGCAGUAGUGGGACACAGUGGUACUGCAGUAGUGGUACACAGUGG